GAGGAAGUUGCCGCUGUAUUAGAGGAAGUGGUAUGGAGCUGACUUUGCGCUUCCUACGCUUGUCAUUGGAGGAAAGAUCAAAAAGAAAGGAGGAUGGGACAUAGAAAGUAAAAAUGAAGGAAAGGAGAGAAGAAGAGAAGACAAGAAGAUUAUUACAGGAUAACAUUGCGAGAGAAGAGAGGCAGGAGAUGACAGAAGGUGGAAAUGGAGAUGUGGUUGGGGUGGUUUCCCAUGCUGUAAUCUUCUCUGCUUGGGACUCUGAGAUGAUGUUUCAACCAGAGUCAGAUCAAAUGUCUCGAGUGGAACCCAAGUCUCCGCCUCUGGACCUGAUUGACACAGGGAAGGGGCUGAAGGUCCAGACAGCCACGCCUCAUCUGGUGAGCCUGGGCAGUGGGAGGCUCAGUGUGGCAAUCACCCUGCUGCCACUAAAAGAAGGGGUGACCCGCAUUGGCCGAGAAGACGCUCCAAUUCCUCAAGAUAUCACUAUCCAUGGCGUUGGCAUCGAGGCAGAGCACUGUCUCAUCAUCAAUGAAGGAGGGGUGGUGACCCUGGACCCCUGUGGUCACCUCUGCAGUCUGGAUGGAGCACAGGUCACUGUCCCCACACCACUCACACAGGGUUAUUCCCUGUGUCUGGGUAAGUCCUAUUUCUUCCGGUUCAACCAUCCUGAGGAAGCAAGCAGAAUGAAGAGCAUGCUUCCACAAAAGAGCCCUGUGUCGGCUUUAGCCUACAACACAGACUAUUUGAAGUUCAGCAGUGACUAUAGCCAUGCGGUGGUGGGCGGCACCAACAGUGCUCGGGGCAUGCGAUCAGCCUCUGAGCUCCGGGACUUGAUGGACACCCUUCAGCGCAAGAAAAUUGCCCUGGAGAACAGCCUGAGAGCCAAUGGGAAUGCAAACCCCUCCUACUUCAGCGUAACACAGUCUCCCCCCACCACACCUAUCAUGAGUCCUGCCACAUCCUCAUCAGCCUAUCAGGAACAGGCCAGGCGGUUCUAUGGCUCAGAUCGUGCACCCAUGUCUUUGAAAUCGGCUCCCUCUCUUUCUCCUGGACGGCAAUCCGAUCCCCCUUCUUCUUCUCUGGCCUCCCGCAUCUCAGUCAGUCGCAACCAGGACAACCUCGGCAUAAGCGAUGUCCAACGGCUGCACAACCCGGGCUCCUCUUCUCUACUGUCCACAUGGAAUGGUGGAGGCUCCUCCAUCUCUGUUGAUGGUAGCAAUAGCUUCAACCUCUCUCUUCCCCCCCCCUCCCCCUCCCCCUCCUCCUCAUCGCGCACUCCAUCAACAGGAGGUGCAGCCAGCAUGCCCUCAAGCCCCCGUCUUGGCCGCCGUAGCUACGGCAACCAGGAGCCAGUGCCCAGCAGUAGACCCAGGAAAUACUCAGCAGGCUCACUGAAUGGGAUGACAGGAGGAGCGCAAAGUCGCUCGUUGCCACGCCUCUGCCCCUCUCAAUCUCCCCGAGACAACAACAACGGAGCCCUGACCUUGUCAACGCUGCCCCCGCGCCGAUCCGAUGUUGCUGGCGGGUACAAAUUUAGCAAAGACUAUUACAACUACAGUCAAAAUGCCAGCCCUGAUCUCAACCAGAACUCCAGUAAAUCCAGCCAGCUUUCCUCCAACAGGAAUCAAAUGCAGUCCAAAAAUCAGGGAGAAAGCGUUGUGUCUAUCUCCCUCUCCUCCCCGAAGAACUUGCCCUCCACGACGGCCACUAUCCCUUCCACAACCACCCCACCUGAUGUGACCAUCCCAUCCAGGACGGGGGGCUCCUCUUCUCCCCGUGUGGCCAAAAAACUCAGCCUGACUUCCACUAGCUCUGUGGGCUCCAUAGGCUCCACGAGUUCCAGCCCUCCAGAACUGGAGCGGCUGGCAAGCCGUGGAGUGUCCGCAGGAGUGGGCCUGUCUUUCGGGGAGAGGCGAGGUGUCGGCCUAGAGCUCGCAGGUUCCCUAGGGCUUCGACUUGGAGAGAGGAGGUCUUCAUUUGGGAAGGCAGAGCUGGAACCUGGGAUGGGGCUGGGCGAGAGGAGGCAGUCAUUUGGAAAGGCAGGAGUGACCCCACCAGGAGGUCUCAGGGAAAGAAGGGGGAGCAUCAGCUCGCUGAGCGGGAAGGAGGAACUGACCGACUACCAUCAGCACCAAAAAGAGGAGAGACUCCGUGAGCAGGAGGUGGAAAGACUGGAGCGACAGCGGCUAGAGACCAUCCUGUCUCUGUGUUCGGAGCUGGGCCGGUCUGCGAGAGAUGAAGGAGGCACAGCUACAAGUCCUACUUCAGCUGUGGCGGAUCUCCGGAAGAUCAACCAGGAGCUUGAGAAGCUUCAACUGAACGAUGACGACGACGACGACGACGACACACCAUCGGUCUUUUCAGACUCUUUCGCUAUUAACGGAACAACCGGGAAUGGACACAUGGCCUCCCCUGGAUCAGAGAAUGGGUACUAUGAUGAUGAUCUGCAGGUACGACGGAGGCGCAGCAGUGGUCACCGAGACAACAGGGCAGCAUCCCCCGCUGUCAGUCUGCGAAGCUUCGCCCCUUCACCUUCUCCACGUGCACAGAGGACCAAUGAGGCUCUAGAGGAUGAAGCUCGUCGCCGCGGACAGGAAAUGAGGCCGUCAGAGGAGGAUGUGAGGCGUGUGGAAGAGGAGAGGAUCCAGGUGCUGAACAACAUGGAGGAGCUGGAGCAAAAGAUCAAAGAGCUGGACAACCAAAUGGAUGAAUCUGCCCAAGAGGUGGAGCUUGAGCGAGCUCUGGUGGAGGCUGAGCAGGAGUCGGAGAUAGCUGCUUUCCAGCAGGAGAAAUAUGCUCUGGAAGCACUUCACAACAAGAUGGCCGACCUGGAGACCAAGUCCCAACAGGAAAAAGACAAGGCGUGUGAGUUGCUACAGGCAGAGAAGGGCAGAGUAGAGAAGUUGGCUCAGAUUGUGUGUGAGCAGCGCUCCCAGCUGGACAGCUGCCCUGAGGCCACCAAGGAGCCCCUGCAGGAGCAGCUGGCCAGGGACUGUGAGGUGCUCGAUGCAGAGUCAAAGCGUUUUGAGGACCUGGAGUUUCAGCAACUGGAGAGCGAGAGCAGGCAGGACGAGGAGAAGGAGACCCAUACUCAACAGCUUCUCCGGGAGACCGCAGAUUACCAGCGGAGCACCGUCACUCGCAAGGAACGACUGUUAACUCUGAAGAAGCAGGCAACACAGAUUACCCAGCAGGCUCAGCGAGAGAAGGAGAGCUUCUUGAAGGAGAGGAGCACCCUCGAAGCAAUGCUGCAAAGGGAGAAAGAAAACCUCACCAUGCUGGAAAGAAAAUAUGCUGACCUCACUGGUGGCCGAGGUUUCACUCUGAGGGAGGGUACAGCUUCUCUGGCUGACGUGUGUCCUCCUCCAGUCAACUUGUGCACCCUCGCAUCCCUCCUCUCUAUUUCUCUCAAGAAUGCGGAGGGCUAUGUCACAGUCAGAGAAAUCAAUGAGCUUUACUCACAGCUUGGGGCGGAGCCUAAACCCGCCCUUGCCCCCACUCUGGCCAAUGCUUCUCCUGAGUCCGAGGCAAACUCCUCCACUGACGACGACACUCCUAAACCACCGGAGGAGGAGCAUUUCCGUUUGUUGGAAGAGAAGAAGAGGUCUGACAGAGAAGGGGGUUCCCAUCUAAGUGACACAUUACCCAGGAAGAAAACCACACCCAUCAUGAGCCCCCAGUUCAUGUGUGCUACACUGGGACGCAGCUACCCAACUAAGUCCCAUCAUCCCCUGGUACAGAGCACAAGUUGUGGCAGCAUUCUCCCAAGAAUUUUCUCCCUAACCAACAAGGAAAAUGAAUCUCGUCCUGUGCAUAAAGGUCAGCCCGGCUCACGAGCAGCUUCCCAGAACAACGUCUACCUCGAUGCCUUUGGGUACCGUGACAACCAGGCCUUCGACACAAUGAGUGUGGAUAGCACGGACUCCAUUGAAACCAGCAUCUCUGCUUGUUCACCGGAUAAUAUCUCCAGUGCCAGUACUUCAAAUAUGGCCAAGCUAGAGGAGAUGGAGCGUCUGCUGAGAGAAGCCCAGCAAGAGAAGAGCCGCCUCCUCGAAUACAAGGAGCAAGAGAUGGAGGUGCGAAAGCAGGCUCUGGAUGAGGAGAGGAAAAGAAGGGAGGACCUGGAGAAAAGGCUGCAGGAGGAGACCAGCAGACGGCAGAAACUCAUCGACCGUGAGGUGAAACUGAGAGAAAAACAGAGAGCACAGUCCCGGCCGCUGACGCGGUACCUGCCGGUGCGAAAGGACGAUUUUGACUUGCGAGCUCACAUUGAGUCGGCGGGCCACAGCACCGACACGUGCUUCCACUUAUCCAUCUCUGAAAAGACGUGCCGUGGCUACUUGAUCAAAAUGGGCGGCAAGAUCAAAACCUGGAAGAAGCGCUGGUUCGUCUUUGACCGCAACCGACGCACGCUCUCCUACUACUCAGACAAGCAUGAAGCCAAGCUGAAAGGAGUCAUCUACUUCCAAGCUAUUGAAGAAGUGUAUUACGAUCACUUGAAGAAUGCACAUAAGAGCCCAAAUCCUUCCCUGACCUUCAGCGUGAAGACUCAUGACAGAGUCUACUACAUGGUCGCUCCGUCUCCUGAGGCCAUGAGGAUCUGGAUGGACGUGAUCGUCACGGGCGCCGAGGGUUACACCCAGUUCAUGGUGUAGUGAAGGAGCAGGAUGUGCCAAUGGCCUACGGCUCUCUGUGGCUUUUUAACACUACGUUUUCUAUUGUUUUCCUCUGGACUUUUCUCCGUUUUUUCAAAACGGACUUUAUUCUCAUCUUUUGUUGAAGAAUGAACACAGUUUUUGUCGUGUGGAGACGGCAGGUACUGAGUUACUCAAGAUCAGUUUGCGGUGUUUUUUCCGCCUCGUUUGCAAGAGGGGCUGGGCUGGGUUUGUAGUACUAUCUGGAGCAUUCAUGCGAAAUUGUAGGCCGAUGCAAGAUAAUAAUUUGAACACUUUCAUGCAAUCGUGUUCCAUCCCAGAGAUCUAAAAUGUGCUGCGGUGCCUUGGAGUGGGUUCAUGUGUAAACACGUUAAAACUUAUAUUUUAUAUGAACUCUUUACAACCCAGUUUCUUCAGAGAAGAGCGGCCUGUGACUCAACUGCUCCUUUUUUUUUUAGCUGUAUGAAGCUUUUUUACAAAAGAUUUUUAAUGAGGAGACAGAGAUGCUGAGUCAGCCAGUUUGAGCUCUCUAGUAUCGUAUCACCAUGUCAUCGUGGACAUCAAUACAUAACAGCAGUGCCAUACAAAGCCCAAACAAUUUGAACAUGUCAUGGAAGAACUCGUGGUCUAUUUUGAGAAUGGGUUUUUUAUCGAUUUUAGACUGUUUCAAUUGUGUUUUAAUCAUUUCAGAUAAUUUUCUGUGUACAUAAUAAAUAUCACAUAUUCAUUCAUUUAGUAAAUGUAGAUGAGGAAAUGUAUUUAAAUGUUCAACUUUUUCUUCUCCAUCUGAUUUCAUGUAUCAUUACUGUGGCAUUCUCAGGUGUGUGCAUGGACGUGCGUGCAUGCAUCACAUGAUAACGUGUGAGUUUAUGCACACGUUUGCUUAGAAGUGCCUGUUUAUUUUUUUUGCGUGCAUCCUCUCCGUACACUUCUAUUUACUGCGAGCUUCUAAUGCAGCUCCAAGGUGCUAUUCUUACAUGUGUAUCACACAUAUAAUCCGCACCAUGACAUCAAAGAUUUGUAUAUGGAUUGUUUUGCCGGGUUUACAAUAUUGUCACCACAGGCUCAGAAAUUAAGCUCUAAGGAAACAUGGUCAGGAUCAGUCUUGUUAUUUUUCUAAUGAAAGGAGUUGGUUAAAUAAGCAUGAAGAAUUGUGGUAUUUGUACAUUUUGUUUCUAAGUUGUAGUUAAGUUGACGAUAUUGAGGAAACGAUCCGUUAUCAACUCGGAACUUUUCCAAAAAAAAAGAAAAGAAAAUCAUAUUUUGAGUGACAGUAUUUUUGACAUGCAAUAUUAUCUAUAUUUUUAAGAGCUACAUGUAUCUAUACACAAGGCCGACCUGUCUCUGGUGAGGGAACUAUACCAGUGGGGAAGCAUGGCCCGAGUGGUUCUGUGCGUUAGGAGCCCCCCCUGUAGGUGUCAGGCAGAAGAAUCCAUGGUACACACACCUCAGAGGCGCUUAGUCAUCCAAACGGAUGGAUUAUCGUGCUGCUUUGCUCCACUAGCUUUCAUGGCAUUGCUCUUAUUACCACUAAUUCAAUGCUUUAGUGAAACUGACUAUUCCACAUUAAUCACCAAAGCUGCUUUUACAUUUCACAGCAUACUCCAUACUACGUCUGAAUGACUCAGUCCACGGAUGGAUGCAUUUAUCGUCUGGCCUCUUGGCAUAGCUUUUUGUUUAAUUGACCAAAGUACAUGUUUAUGUGGUAUAAUGUAUAUGUUGUUACUCUGCUUUGACUUCUCUUUGUUCAGUACAAUAAGAUUAAAAUGAUGAAUGUUUUUUACAUGACGAGCACCUGGUUGUUUUCCACCAACUAAAGGAACUGCUACCAACUGCUUCCAUGAGCUGUUUUUUUGGUGUUUUUUUAUAACAAAUUUUAUGUUGAUCCUACUGUAUUUAUACCAUUACCAAUGCAUGUUUCUUAAUUUUGUAUUUCUAUAUGAAUAAUAAAAAUUAUAUUUUA